CAGUUCGCUGUCAGUUCGCCUCGUUGCGGGUAUGGGGGUUGCUGGCGAUGGGGAGCUGUUGGGAUCGGACACGGCACUUGUUGUGGGACCAGUGAAGGAAGGAGCGAAGUUUGCAGUUAGUGUAAAGUUUGCACCACAACUGGUGUGUUUGUAGGUACUCGAGUGUUUCUGCUCCUUAAGGCAAGUGACAAGGAUACGGUCUGAAGAAGGGUUUCGGCCCUAAACGUCGCCUAUUUCCUUCGCUCCAUAGAUGCUGCUGCACCCGCUGAGUUUCUCCAGCUUUUUUGUGUAACCUGACAAGGACACAACAUCUUUACAAGAUGAAACUGCUAAACGCAAAUUGGAGGAAUAGCAUCUCAUAUUUUGUUUGGGCAUCUUACAGCCAAGUGAGCCACCACAGAAUGGCUCUAGCAGGAGUCCGUGUAAUUGAGCUUGCUGGUCUGGCACCUGCUCCGUUGUGUGGAAUGAUUCUGUCCGAUUUUGGCGCCAAGGUGGUACGCAUAGAUCGAACAAGGGCAGCAGCAAAUGUUGACGUGUUGGCACGAGGCAAGCGUUCAGUUGCUUUGGAUCUGAAAAAGCCAGAAGGAGUCGGAGUGCUAAAGCAACUUUGUAACCAGUCUGAUGUUCUCAUUGAACCCUUCCGUCAAGGUGUCAUGGAGAGGCUGGGUCUUGGACCUGAAGUUAUACUUGAACAGAAUCCAAAGCUUAUCUAUGCCAGGUUGACAGGGUUUGGACAAAGUGGACCAUAUUCCAAAAGUGCUGGCCAUGAUAUCAACUUUAUAGCUGUCUCAGGUCUACUGUCAAAGUUUGGCAGAAAAGGGGAGAAACCUUAUGCACCACUAAAUGUUGUGGCUGACUUUGCUGGAGGUGGGGUUAUGUGUGCUAUGGGUAUAAUCCUAGCACUAUAUGAGAGAAUGCGAUCUGGAAAAGGACAAGUCAUUGAUGCAAGCAUGGUCGAAGGAGCAGCUUAUUGUUGUUCCUGGCUUUGGAAGACACAGAAUGUGGGUAUGUGGAGUCGGCAAAGAGGUGAAAAUCUAUUGGAUACAGGAGCACCAUUCUAUGAGACCUACAAGACUUCGGAUGAAAAGUACAUGGCUGUUGGUGCUAUGGAGCCUCAUUUCUAUGAGCAAUUUAUUAAAGGCCUUGAUUUGGAUUCUGCCAACCUUGCCCCUCAGAUGAGCCAAUCUGACUGGCCAGAGUUGAAGAGAAUUUUUGCAAAAGCAUUUGCUGCAAAAAGUCAAGAAGAGUGGAUUAAGGUUUUUGAUCGGACUGAUGCUUGUGUGACUCCAGUUUUAUCUUUCCAAGAAGCUCUCAGUCAUCCGCAUAACCAUGAAAGAGGAUCUUUUAUCACAGAUAAGGAAGGUCAGGUGAGUCCCAGGCCAGCUCCUGUCCUAUCCCGGACGCCAGCCACUGUCAGCUUGGAGAGAAACCCAGAAGUGGGAGAACACACACAUCUUGUAUUAACUGAAUAUGGUUUUAACGAAGAACAGUUAAAUAUCCUGGAGUCAGCUGGGGUUAUUGAAUAUAGUAGAUUAAAAUCUAAUUUAUAAUGAAUUUAUGUGUAUUAUUCCAUUAAAAUUAAAAUUUAAGACUUUGGAUCACUAAUUAAUUCUGAUGACCACGUUAAAACUGUUGAACCAAAUGUUAGCUGAUGUAAACAACUAUGCAAACUAAUUGUUUUGCAUGCUGUCAAAAAUACAUCAGAAAGAGUUUCACGAGUUUCAUGUUAAUUUUUGUAUAGAAAGCUUUUAUUAUUAAACACAAAGCACUUCCAAU